AUGACAAACGAUGAUGAGGAGACUUCAAUAGAUGGCAACCCUAUAGAGAAGGUAGAAGACUUUGUCUUCGUUGGAAGUGUAGUCCCCUCGGUUACCAAAUAUGUCAAGAGACGCACAAAUGUAGGUUCCUGGGCAUUUUGCAGACUGAGAAACAAUAUAUGGACCAACCAAGAUAAUUCAAGAGCCCUGAAGGUCAGAGUUUAUAAUGCCCUCAUUCGUCCUAUAGCCAUCUACGGGUCAGAGACGUGGACGCUAAGGAAAACUGACCGGGAUAAACUGGAGACCUUUGAGAUAAGAUGUCUGUGGACAAUAGCAGGAGUCCAUCUUCUAGAUGAAAUUAGAAGCGUAGACAUCAGAAAGUAA